AUGAAUGCACAAAUAAUGAAGUACGAGGAAAUGCCAGCUCCGUUUAUUUUGCUUUUGGUGUCAGUUGUAAAGGCAAUAACGGAGCUAGGUCAUCUACCAAUGCCGAUAGCUCAGCCAUAUCAAGAUCAACAGUCAUAUGAUUUUGGUUAUGUAUUCCGAAAAGAUUUCAAAAAAGAUACGAUUAGUGAGGACUUUCCAGAACUAGAGUUGUCUAAGUUAAAGGAAGAUUAUGUAAAAGAAGCCCCUAAGGAUUCCCUGACAUUUCUAAGUCCACGCGAUGAAAUUCAACAUUACAAAAGUAGAGAUAUUAGCAAAUAUAGAGAAAUUUAUGGUACUCCAACAAGUGCAAAGGGUGCCCAAAAGAAAACUAUGCGAGAGCCGAUCGUGUUUGAUUUCUCCAAAUUAUUAGAAAGAAAUAUUGCAUAUCCUCUGGCUGGAAGACGAAAGACGAUAUUCAAUACACAGCGCACAAUACCCACUAGAAACCAUGUAAAUAUAUCACAAUAUUUUGAACAAAAUGCAUUCUACAGAAAAACCGGUAAAAAAAUUAAAAAGAACUGGACAACUUGUGAUGAAUUUGUAAAGAAAGCAGUUUUUCAUCCGGAUGAUAUAAUAAAUACUAAAUGGCUGCCAUUCUAUAUUUGGUCUGAAAGAGGCCUCGAUGUAGCUGUUGUACACACGUUUACAUAUCCAACAAAGAAGACUGUACAACAUUUUAAAACCACCUACGGCCCUUAUAUUAAAAAAGUAAAUUGGUUUGAACCAAAAUUAUUAUUAAGAGAGAAGAGAGAAAUGUUGUUGAUUGCAGGAGAUAGAAGAGGUUUAUUUUACGGCAUAUCAGGCCAAGAGUUACCGUCGUCAUUUAAAGGUGAUAAUAUGACAUUACCUUUAAUAACACUAAGAAUGAAGAUCCAUGAUCCGUAUUUAGUGCUUAUGUAUUGUGAUACACAUUAUGCUACAAUAAUGGCAGAACUUAACACCGGGCCCGACACUGACCGCGAUAAAAUACGCGAAGCAGAAACCUUGCAAUUUAAAGGCAAUGGGAAACCAGCAUUUCGUGAUCUAGACGAGGAGAAGCUAGAGAUAGAUUUGCAUAUAGACUACCUAAAAUAUAUUUUGGAGGGACAUGUUCUAGAGCCUAUUGAUUGGUCGGCUAAAAGUUUACUGAUGACAGAAAGGAACAACAGGACUUAUUUCCUUGUAGAACAAAGUGAUAGAGGUCACUACUUGCUUUAUGAGCCUUAUAAAGGAUUAAAAGAGGGUGAUAUUAUAGACGCAGUGGAUGUGCGCAUUAAACAGACUGGUGAUAAUCGUUACAUUGGCAUUAUGGCUUGCGAAGCACAAACCGUGUUUAUGUUUGCACGAGUGAAUGAUGUGCCAAAGAGAAAAUAUAUCCAGAUCGAAGCGGCUAGACUAAACUAUAAGGGACGUGGUGGACGUUCUUACUUAUACCAAGGACACCAAUGGAUGCCGAUGCCUGAGGCAGAAGAUCAUCACUUUGAACAUGCCUUAAACAAUAGAGAUAAAUACAGUCAUAAU